GGGUGUGGGCCGUGAGGGACGCGUGUCCGCAAUCGGCUGCCACUGGCCCCGGAUCCGUCCACGCACGCACGCACGCAUCCACCCGAGUCCCCAACCGCAGCCGAGCACGACGCCGCCACCCAGCCCUCUACCCGCCGCGCGCUCCCCCCACUCCCCUGCCGCAGCUCCGCUCGUCCCUCGAUCGACCGUAGUGGAGAUCCAUCCGGACGCGGAUUCGUUCGCUCUGUUUCUCGGAUGAUUGUGCUUUCUUGUUUCCUGCCUUCUGUUGUUCCAGAUCCUCAAAUCUACUGUCUAGCAUUAAGGGCUGAAGAAUUGGCAAACAUGGCAUCUAGUGGCAUGAAAGACUUUUACCGGCAGAAAAAGAAAGGAGGUGUGACCAAGGCGGCAUCAUCUUCCAAUAAGAAAACAAAGCAGUACACUGGAGGGGCCUCUGUCGGGGCCCCAGAUACUGCUCAGACAUCAGCACUAGUUUCUCAUGGCUCCUGGGAUCUCAAAGAUGAUUUUGGUGAGCAAGAGGAGCAGCUGCGACAAUUCGACAUGGACAUGAAGUUUGGCCCAUGUAUUGGUGUCACCCGGCUCCAGCGCUGGGAGCGCGCUUCUGCCAUGGGCCUCCAGCCACCAGCCCAUCUCCGGGAUCUCUUGCUGCGUGUUCCAUCAACAAAGAAUCGCAGUGAUCCCUGUGUCGAGUGCCUCUGGGAGGGUAAAGUCUAGAAGCAUCUUCUAUAACAAGCGCCGCCUUGCUCAUGGUAACCUAGUGUGAGUUCACUCUGCAACCUCCUGUAAUCCUGCUGAUGUAUGAUGGCACUGUUUUGUUUCUCUCGGGGUAUCCGCCGCUUGGCUGAAUGUACUACUCAACUUCUUGCCGUGGAAUCGUCUUCUCUAAUACGCCCAAAAUUUGUAGACCUUGCCUGCUUA